GUGGUUACGUUUAGAUGACAUCAUCUGUCCGCACCGCCGCCAUUUAUAUUUCACCGCCAUUUUACAUCAACCCAGCAGAGAUUAGAUUACGAAGAUGACGGCUCAAAUGGAAAACCAGCUUUGCAAGCUAUUUGUCGGCGGUCUUAACGUCCAGACUACCGACGAUGGGCUGCGAAACCAUUUCGAGCAGUACGGCAAGCUCACGGACUGCGUGGUGGUGCAGAACCAACAAUUGAAGCGCUCGCGUUGCUUCGGUUUUGUGACCUACUCGAGUCCGGACGAGGCGGACUCCGCCAUGUCGGCCCGACCUCACAUUCUAGAUGGCAAUAACGUGGAGCUGAAAAGGGCUGUGGCCCGAGAAGACGCGGGCAAGCCCGAGGCUCUCGCAAAGGUAAAAAAGAUCUUCAUCGGCGGUCUAAAAGACGAUAUCGAAGAGGAUCACCUCCGUGACUGUUUCUCGCAGUUCGGCGCGGUGGAGAAGGCGGAGGUGAUCACGGACAAAGAGACCGGCAAGAAGCGAGGCUUCGGCUUUGUCUAUUUCGAAGAUAACGACUCGGCCGACAAAGCCGUGGUGCUCAAGUUCCACAUGAUUAACGGUCAUAAAGUGGAGGUAAAGAAAGCCCUCACCAAGCAGGAGAUGCAAGCUGCCGGUAGCCGCGGCGGUGGUCGUGGCGGCCGAGGAGGCGGAAGGGGGAUGGGCAGACCGCAGAACGGCUACGGCGGGCGCGGCGGAGGAUACGGCAACUACGGUGGCGGCGGCUAUGGGGGCAACGACGGCUACGGUGGUGGCUAUGGAGGCGGAUACGGUGGCGGGUAUGGGGGAGGCUACGGGGACCAAAUGGAAGGCUACGGCGGUGGUAACGGCUACAAUGACUUUGGCAGCGGCUAUGGCCAGCAGUCCUCUGGCUAUGGCCCAAUGAAAGGUAAUUACUCGGGCAGAAGCAACGCUCCUUACUCCCGAGGUGGUGGUGGUGGUGGUUACGGCAGGGGGGGUUACGGAGGCUCGUAUUAAGAGCGUUUAUUAGGUCUCGUGUUAAGAGCAGCUCCUUCCCCAGCCCACAUCACAGUUUUGACCACAGAUUAUCUUCAGCUAAGUAGCCAGAUUGAGUCACCUUAAUGUGGCGAGGCAUUGACUGAAACACUCAAGCUCUAUUCAGGAGUUCAGAACUUUAUCCAGCCUAGCAGAUCAUAGGUAGGGUUCACCUAUCCGACUUUAUUCAACAUCUUACAGCUGUUACUACUACUACUACUACACAUCAUUUUGCUCUUUUCCCUGAUGUACUUAGGGAGAUAUUUUUUUCCAGCAAGACAUAUAGGACUACUACUCCGGAUAUCUUCUUAUUAUAAGACUGGCCAGUGGUGGUCGGAGCAGGCUACCUGUUCGCAAACUGCUUUUCACACGUUUUUCUUUGUGCAUUGGGAUUAAGUUAAGAUUAGUGUUUUUGCUUGUUAGUGUAGGCAUGUGUUUCUCCAUUUAGCAUAUGUAUUGUAUCUUUAUUGUGUAUGUUAUUUUUUCUAAGACAUUUAUAUCUUGUUUUUAUUUAGUCAAUCACAGUGAACCCCUGUAGACAUUUAGGACUUCAUUGAUUGGUAGCAGACCCUAUCUGCAUAUCUUGAGAUCUGUAAAGCAACAUUGGCCAAAAAAAAAUAAAAAAAUAAAUAAAAAUAAAUAUAUAUAUAUAUAUAUAAUAAAUUUAAUAACUUGGUAAACCGUAUCAAUAAAUUCUUUAAAAACUUCAUUACCAGUGAUUCUAUGAAACAUCUCCACCAAAUAUAAUCUAAUCAACACUAAUGACAAUUUAAAGAAUGCUACAUUUCUUCUAAAUGUAUUGUAUUUUUCAUCUUGUAACUAAUUUAAUACAUUCUUAAAAUAGCUCUAAUGCAGAGUUCUUUGAAACCGUGAUGAAUGGGAAAACAAAUUUUCUAAAGAAUGGCCACUAAAUUGGUUGCUCUAUAGUGCUUGCAAGACUUGUCAUGGACUUUGUUGCCAAUCAAUGAUGAUUGAUCUUUAAUUAGGCUCAAUGGACAUUUAGAUGUUGUUUGUCUAAACAUAAAAAACGUGUUGGAAUAAACAGAUUUAUGGCGUCUCAGGAACAAAAAGUUAAUUGGGUGACUGUUCGAGCUCACUUAAAGUUUCCCAGUAUACGUUAACAUAGUGAUUAACGUGUAUGCCAUCCCAAUUAGUGUCAUUUAUUAAAUAGUUCAAGCACAUAAUGCAAAUAUUGUCAUGGUGUUUCAGUAAUCCUUUUUCGUUGGGACUCUGAAGACUGAUUGGAGUUGUUUUUUUACAGUUUAAUCAUUUAGUAAAAGACUUAAAUGCUUUUGUCUCAUUGUAUUAUUGCUUCAACGGAAUAACCUAUUGAAUAUUGUUUAUUUCAGAUACAACUGAACUGUAUGUAUUUCUCUUAAUAAAAGUCAUUACUCCGUAGCCAUUA